AGUUUCUAUAUUUAAACCCCCCCCCCCCCGCAACGUUUAAAUGGUAUGUUUGGAAACACUACGGAUUCUCAAAGUACGGCGGAAACCGCCGACCCCCGUCUACUUCCUGGUCGGACACCGGUGAAGAACCAAGCAAAUCAGGCAGGAAACUGAAGUCAAGUCGGCCUCCCUGGGACGGUGCGCUGCGAGCGCCUCUUGACAGGCUGGGUGUCUCCCAAGGCGUCCCCCAAGGCGUCCUCGUCUUCACGUCUGCAUCAAGAAGGACAGUAGAAAUCAGUAUGAGGCCCUCGGUGGGAAGAGGUUUGGACACCCCUGCUUUUUUCCCGGCCUGAUGAUGACCAGGCUAAAGGCUACACCAUUCCCACACCAUUCCGACUCCCAUUCCGCGUGUUCCAUUGCCAUUCGUCAGUGGUCCAUGGCUCCAAAAGGAUCGGGGUCCCGUGAGAAUCCGGUCAUUUGAAAGUCAAUGUCGGAGCAGCACAGAGGGCUUUUGUCAGCCGGUCCACAAUGGUCCAGGUCUGGGGCUGGGAACCCACCGCCGUAUAAAAAGAUGAAGAUGUUUGCCGUGGAGCCGUGAGGGACGGCUGACAAAACACAGGUGAGCGGUUUUUCCAGCUUCUGUAACGUUGCAACAUGGCCGCCGUUGACGCCGCCGCCCUCAUCUUCACGCUGCUUCCUGUCACGUGGACCUGCGUUCCUCAAAAAGCAGAUUACAUCAUGGUGUCGUGUUUCCCCAACGCCAUCAUCGCCAAAGUUCCGGAGUGUCCGUACGGCUGGGAGUUGGAGCAGCUGUCCCUGGGGGGCGUCUGCUCCACCGGGGUGCACAGCUCGGGCUACUACCGCUUCAUCAUCCCCGACCUGACGCCCAGGAACCACUCGUACUGCGGCACCCAGUCUGAGUACAUUCCAGGCAAAGACGCCAAGUACGUCUUCUCCAACUCGGUGGUGUCCAACGAUACGUCGCUGACGCUCCGAAACCAGCCGGUCAACUACACCUUCAGCUGCGUGUACCGCGCGUUCUACGUGGUCAACAACGCCGUCUUCAGCCAAAGAGUGGCCACCGUUUACGUCAACAACGGCACCUCCGGCACGUUUAUGUCCCAGUUGUCCCUGGGCGUGUUCACGAAUGCCAAGUUCUUGUACGCCAAAGAGGCCCCCUACGUGAUCGACACCUCCGAGAUCGGCUCCGAUGUCUUCAUCGGCGUUGAGGCCAAAGGGCUCAGCGGCAGGUUCAAAGUGGUCAUCGCCAACUGCUGGGCCACGCCCACACCUUACUCCACAGACAGGAAGAGGUGGAGCCUCAUCAUCAACAGCUGCCCGUCCGACGACUCCGUCAUCAUCUUCGAGAACGCCAAAGAGGGCCGCUCCACCUUCAAGUUCAAGUCCUUCCGCUUCCAGGGCCAGGAGAAGGUGUCCAUGGUUUGGCUUCACUGCGAGGUUCACGUGUGCGACGGCGAGCGGCUCGUGUGUCAGCCCAGUCCCUGUCCGGCCAGGAGACUGGCGUGGAGGGCGGAGCCAAGCGGCGGGGUCCUGACAGCUCAGUUUCAUGUUAAAGGUAAUGGAUCCUCCAGUUAUGGACACAUCAUAGGAGCAUCUCCCCGCCUCCUGCUGCUCGUCGUCAUGAGCACGUGUUGUCCGUCACUAACGACACACUUCAACUGAUGUUUGGAGACCACAUCCGGGACUCAGGUCGGUUUAUACGUGGGCUUACUUAGGCUCGGCAGGACCAAGGAUGUACGUACUUGAUGUAAUUCAUGUACUCAUGAAUUCAUAUCUCAUCUAUAAAACCUGAUAUCA